UCCAACACGUGAGCGGUUGUUAUUGAUCUUUUACCCAUCAAGUCUCCAAGAAUUCAAGUCCCGCACCUUAAUCAAAGGGAACAUGGUGCGAAAGAAGAUUGACAACCGUCUUCGAAUUUUGAUCGACAAUGGCGUGCAGUCUGGUCAUCGAUCCAUCUUUGUGGUGGUUGGGGACAAAGGGCGCGAUCAAGUGCCCAUUCUGCACCACAUGUUGGCCAAGACCGCGGUCAAAGCCCGUCCCAAUGUGCUUUGGUGCUUCAAGAAGGAACUGGGCUUCAGCUCCCAUCGGCAGAAGAAGAUGAAGCAACUCCAGAAGAAAAUCAAACAUGGCAAGUUCGACGUCAAAGAGGACGACCCCUUCGAGUUAUUCAUUGCGGCCACCAACAUCCGAUAUUGUUACUACAAAGACACGCACAAAAUUCUGGGAAAUACUUACGGCAUGUGUAUCUUGCAAGAUUUUGAGGCUUUGACGCCCAAUUUGUUGGCUCGGACUAUUGAGACGGUGGAAGGUGGAGGACUGGUAGUGUUGCUCCUCAAAUCGGUUUCCUCCUUGAGACAACUGUUUACCUUGUCCAUGGAUGUGCAUCUCAGAUAUCGCACGGAAGCCCACCAAGACGUUGUAGCCAGAUUCAAUGAGCGCUUUAUCUUGUCAUUGGCCACCAAUAAGAACUGUUUGGUCAUUGAUGAUCAACUGGAUAUCUUACCCAUUUCCUCGCAUAUUAAGAACAUUACGGCAUUGCCCCCCAAGGAUAGUUUAACGGCCAAGAGUCCAUUGGAAAUGGAAUUGCAAGCAGUCCAGGAGAAGUUUCAAGACUCUCAACCCACAGGUGUCUUAUUGAACCAGUGCAAGACUUUGGAUCAAGCCCAAGCACUUUUGGAGUUCAUCGAUGCCAUCACUGAUAAGAAACUAGAUCGAACUAUUUCUUUGACAGCAGCUCGUGGGCGUGGCAAGUCUGCCGCACUUGGCCUAGCUAUUGCUGCUGCCGUCGGAUUUGGAUAUUCCAAUAUCUUUGUCACUUCACCCAGUCCUGAGAAUCUGCACACCCUGUUUGAUUUCGUCUUCAAAGGGUUUGAUGCCAUGGAGUAUGAAGAACACACGGAUUAUGACUUAGUUCAAUCGACUAAUCCGGAUUUCCAGAACGCUGUGGUGCGUGUGAAUGUGCAUGAGAAGAACAAUCAUCGUCAAACCAUUCAAUAUUUGCAUCCCACUGAUGCUCAUAAAUUGGGACAAGCUGAGCUUGUUGUGAUUGAUGAGGCUGCAGCAAUCCCACUUCCUUUGGUCAAGGAGAUCUUGGGCCCUUAUUUGGUGUUCAUGUCCUCCACCAUUAAUGGCUAUGAAGGGACAGGACGGUCUUUGAGUCUGAAAUUGUUGGAUCAACUCCGACAACAAUCCAACCCUUUGGCCAUUAAGGCCCAAAACAGUUCGUCCGUGGUGAAUUAUCGAUCCUUGCGUGAAGUGGCUUUGAAUGAGUCCAUUCGUUACAAACCCGGCGAUCCUGUUGAAGAAUGGUUAAACCGAUUGCUUUGUUUGGAUUCCAACAAUGUCCAACCUCUGACGAGUGGAUGUCCUUUGCCUCAGGACUGUGAUUUGUAUUACAUCAAUCGAGACACUCUCUUCAGUUUCCACAAGGCAUCGGAAGCCUUUCUCCAACGCAUCAUGUCCCUGUUUGUGGCAUCUCAUUACAAGAACUCACCCAAUGACCUUCAAAUGAUGUCCGACGCACCGGCUCACCAUCUCUUUUGUCUUUUGGGCCCCACCGAGAACAAGUCCAGUCUACCCGAAGUCCUUUGCGUCAUUCAGGUCUGCCUGGAAGGAGAGAUCUCCAAGGAGAGUAUUCAAGCUGGAUUAUCACGUGGUAAACGAGCUGCGGGCGAUUUGAUUCCUUGGACCAUGGAGCAACAAUACCGAGAUGGCGAUAGCUCUUCCAAUAGCUUUGGCAGUCUGUCUGGUGCACGAAUUGUUCGCAUUGCAACUCACCCUGAUUACCAAAAGAUGGGUUACGGAUCCCGAGCCAUGGAGAUGCUUCAGAAGUACUACAAGCUCAAGAUCAUGAGUCUGGAGGAGAAUGAACUUGUGUCGGAGAAGAUCAAGACCGUUGAGCCUGAAGACGUGAGUCUCUUGAAUGAGGCUGUUGGACCUCGAGAUGAUCUUCCUCCUUUAUUAUUGCGUCUCAAUGAACGCAAACCUGAACCUCUGGACUACAUCGGGGUCUCAUUUGGUCUAACGCAGAAUCUCCUGCGCUUUUGGAAACGUUGUGGCUUCACACCCACUUAUUUGAGACAAACCGCCAAUGAUUUAACUGGGGAGCAUUCCAUGAUCAUGUUGAAGUCACUUAAUACGGACCAAAAGCAGUUGUCGCCUUGGUUGCCAGCCUUUUGGACUGACUUCCGUAAACGCAUUGUUAAUCUCCUAGGAUUCGAUUUCCGCAAGUUCUCCCCAGCCUUGGCUUUAAGCAUUCUGAGCAAUAAGAACCAAACCAACGUGAAUGAACCUUUGGAGGCUAGUGCGAUCUCACACAUCAUUUCUCCCUACGAUAUGAAGCGCUUGGAGUUGUACAAUAACAACAUGGCCGACUAUCAUUUAAUCACUGAUCUCAUGCCCGGCAUAGCCCGACUAUAUUUCUUAAACCAAUUGGGGGAGAGUCGGGUGUCCGCCAUGCAAGAGGCCAUUCUGGUCGGUAUUGGUCUUCAAUGUAAAAUCGUGGACCAAUUGGCCAAGGAGUUGGACCUACCGGCCUCCCAGUUGUUGGGUCUGUUCAAUCGCAUGAUUCGGAAACUCUUUGCGGCCCUGAAGGUCAUUCAAGAGACAGAUAUCGCUCAGACGAUGGGUAUGGGUCGAUUGAAAGAAGUGGCCGACAAGAAUGGGGAUCUUCAGCCUUUGGAAGAGACCAUGGACGAGGAGUUAACGGCCGCCGCCAAGGACUUAAAGCACAAACAAAAGGAGACUUUGGACACAUUGAAGGAUCAGAACUUGGCGCAGUUUCAGAUCAAAGGAAAUUCAGUCGAAUGGAACAAAGCCUUAGGAUCGGCGAAGAAAGGCUCCAAAUUGGGGUUAUUGAGUGUGAAGAGCGGGGAGAAAAGGUUGGCCGAUGACGAUGGUGAGACUACGGUCACUAAUGGGAAGAAGGCUAAGAAAGGAGGCGAAUCCGGCAAAAAUAAGAAAAUGAAAAAGAACAAAAGAAGCAAAGUGUAGAUCUUGGUCGAAAAGAAAUGAAAAUAAAGAUGUUAAUUUUUCUCUAAA